AUGAGUAGGUCUCUGGCCUCGUGUAAGGGCAGUUGUGACCCUGCCUCUGCCAGGGCCCAAGGUUGGGAUGUCCAUGCUGACCUCUCCUUAACUGUGGUGUUCAGCUAUACACAGAAUGGCAUUUUACAUAUGUUGGACAGAAAUAAGAGAAUCAAGCCCCGGCCAGAAAGAUUCCAGAAUUGCAAGGACCUGUUUGAUCUGAUCCUCACUUGUGAAGAGAGAGUCUAUGACCAGGUGGUGGAAGAUCUGAAUUCCAGAGAACAGGAGACCUGCCAGCCAGUGCACGUGGUCAACGUGGACAUCCAGGACAACCAUGAAGAGGCUACCUUGGGGGCAUUCCUCAUCUGUGAGCUCUGCCAGUGUAUCCAGCACACAGAGGACAUGGAGAAUGAGAUUGAUGAGCUGCUGCAGGAGUUCGAGGAAAAGAGUGGCCGGGCCUUUCUGCAUACUGUCUGUUUCUACUGAGCUGCCCUAAGGGGCACCUUGCCGGCCGCCCUGCACAGCCACCUUCUGGAGCCCUUUCGUUAAUGCAUUUUCCCUCCUGAAACUUGUUUUUACUCCUAGGUGUUGUGCCAGUGGAUGGUGGUAGUACCCCAAUGUAAUAUACGUAUGGAAUGAGGAGUAUACAAAAAUGUCAGGUUAAAAACCAUUGUUCUCAACCAAAAGCAAAAAAGACGGUUUACCCCAUGGCCCCCCUAGUGUGUGCCUGUGGUUGGCCUGUCUGGCCCUUUUCUCCCCAAUUUAACUGUACAAAUGUUUAAAUAAAGCAAUGGGCUGUAUCUUAUUAGGAAAGAACCUGGAAUUGCCUAAUAAAUAGAUCUGCUGAUUGUCUUUGCUUUGUACUGAAUU